AUGGUCCGGCCUCUUCUUAAAAUUGUUAUGGAAAAGCAUUUACAACCUCAGAUAAAUGACGAUGAAAUUGCUGAAAAUUUUAAACAUACUGUAAUACAGGAAUUAAAAUACCGUUUUAAGUUAGAAUGGAAUCCUUCCAGUCACGUGUCUGCUAGACAAAUUGCAUCUUUUCUCGACCCAAGAUACAAAGAUUUAGAACAUGAAGUAGCAGAUGCAAAAGAGGAAAUUCGAAAACAAGUCAAGAGUUUGUUAGAUGAUAUUAGUAAAAAUAAUAGCGAUAUUCAAAUUCAAACAUCUGAGACAAAAAACGACUCCAGUGCACUUGCAUUUCUAUACGGUGAUAAGCACAACUGUAAUACAGAUGAUACUACAGUUCAACUUCAAAAUUACUUGGCAGAACCACAAUUACGGUUUGAUUUGGAUGCAUUGGAAUGGUGGAAGACGCGUGCAAUGAAGUAUCCAUUAAUGGUUGUUUUAGCUGUUAAAUAUUUAGGGAUACCAGCAACUUCAGUAAGUUCUGAACGGUGUUUCUCGACUGCUGGAAACAUAGUUACGGCUAAGAGAAGUUGUUUGGCACCCGAGACAUCUUUCCGUGUGUUGCGGGGUCGACCAGUUCUUCCGGGUUGCCCCGGAGACACUCAGCCCCUUGUUCCCUUUAUGUAA